ACACCGGUUAUCUUUUUUUUCCCGGCCAGUUACUGUGUGUCGCUCGUCGGGAGGCUACGCGUCGUCCCCGUCUGUGAUACGUGAUACUUUUACGUAGUUCCUUACAAAACCGGUUGGAAAGUGCUCGAGGUGUGGCGUGGGCGAACAGUGCCGCGUUCAACCAUAAAAUACUCUGGUUACAGUUCCAAAACUACACGUUUUGUGCUUGAAAAUUAACUUUUAUAGUGUUUUGUGAGUAAUCGGAUCCCGGCGCUAUCAAUCGAGUUAAGCAAGACGCAAGAUAGAAGCUAGCUGCGCGUGAGUGCAAGACAAAAGUUCUGGAUCAAACCGGUUUCAGUGUCCGUGUAACGCCUAGUAUGCUGGUUCGAAUUUCGAAUCUGAGUGUUUUGUGAUUGGCUGUUUAGAAAGUGAUUUUCAAGAUGGCCGUCGUUCCCGCGCUUUUUGGAUUGCUGUUGGCCGCUUUUGUAUCAGGUCAAAAUGUGGAGAUCACCCCUCGGGAGGCAGUCAGGAGGAUCGGAGACGAGCUCAGCGUGCUGUGCAAGGUGGCGUACCCCAUCGACUCUUGCAGAAUGACAGUUGGCGCGACUUCUUACAGACUUAUACCUGAUAAUCUUCAGGGAGAUGUCGUGUAUGCAGGACAGGGGCUCAAGGCUGGUGAAUGUGGUGCCCUGAUCAAGAAUAUCAAGGAGGAGUGGAACGGCAACAUCACGUGCGUCCUCCCGCCCCCCUCAGGGAGCAUCGAGCUUGUGGGGACCAUGAGACUGCUGGUAGCAAGAGCGCCGGGAGUACCAAUCCUGAACUCCCCACAGCAGCCGACCUUCAGAGAUGGAGAUAAAUUCAUGGCGCAGUGCGUGGUGCCCAAUGGAAGACCAGCUGCCAAGAUCACGUGGUUCUUAGGAUCCGAAGAACUCCUCCAAGGCGUAUACCAGCCAGUCGUAACGUCAGAACCAGGGUCUGACCUUCAGACGAUCAGUCAGAACGUGAGCAAAACCCUGACUGAUGAGGAUGACGCGAAGAAACUGGUCUGCAGAGCUGAACAUGAAGCUCUGGAGAAACCAAUGGAAGUUACACGGCAGUUGCAUGUGCAAUACCCCCCAAAACGCCAAGAAUCAGGUCUGAUCACCAUCUUCGGCUUGAAGCUGGGAGCUGAAGGUAGACUCAACGUGACCGUCCGAGCGAACCCCAAGCCUAACGCUGAGUGGUCUAUCGGAGACCAGGUGUUAAUGGCUCCCAGGCAGGUCGGGGAGAUCACCGCGUUGGAACCACUGUUGCUGGGUAGCGGCUACUACAACAUCACUUUAAUCCUGGCUCGCAUCACCAAGGAGGAUGUGGAUAGGACAUACUACUUGCGCGUGGACAACGGGCUGGGACGGGAGGAGUUCCCUGUGAGGAUCAGCACUAUGGAUGAACCAGCUGCACGGAAAGCGAAGUCAUCAUAUUUGGUUUUAGACAUUUAUGGCGUAGAGCUCGACACUGGUGCAAUCGUCGGCAUAGUGGUUGCAGUACUAAUUCUUCUAGUUGCCGUAUUUUUGGUCGUUUUCGCCUUCGCCACGGACAGAUGGUGUUUCGCCGGAAGGAGACGAGACAACACGAAAAGCUCGGGAGAAUCGACGCCGGCCGGGGAUGUGCUUUUAGAAUCUGGCAACACGCUUCCUAGAACUAGCGACACAGAGAGCGCGGUGGGUGGACGGGAGCGCUCGCGGCUGGCGGGGCUCAGUGCGCGAGUGAGGGCGGUGCUGCCGAGAGCUAAGGAUAAGGUGCAGGCUACGGAGGCGCAGACUGUUGAUACUGAGGAUAAGCCUCUCUCAGACGACAAAAAGGGCGUGGUAUACGCAGAACUAGCGCUCGGCGAACAAACGUCCACGGAGAAACCACCCCCUCCCUCCACGGAGUACGCAGAAAUCGUCUACACAGACCAACCUAAAGACAAUAAGGACACCAACUAGGUUGCCACAACCACACACUUCUAUAAAUGGUUGCUACGCUACCUGUGGUCGCUAUAACUUAUGACAGCUAAAAUUUAUGAAGAAAAAAUAUACUAGGAUUACUAAGUUAGGACAACCACAUACUUCUGUAAUGGUUGCUAUGCUAACUAUGAUUGCUACGCCACCUAUGGUUGCUACGCUACCUAUGGUUGCUAUAACUUAAGACAGCAAAAAAUAAUGCAGAAAAAAUAUUACUAGGUUACGACAACCACACACUUCUAUAAUGGUUGCUACGCUACCUAUGGUUGCUACUUUGAACUUAUGACAGCUAAUAAAUAAUAUUCUGGUUACGUUAACCAGAAGAUGGUUAUGGUAAAAGUAACCGUUUUAUUUAAUUAAAGUAAUUAUUUGUGUAAUUUGAAAAUUGAUAUUCCUAAAUAUUUUAAAUUAUUAGUUUCGAUCUUUCGACCAACUUUACAAUUUGAGAUAUAUUUAGUUACCUAUAUUAAGUUUGGAGUGUCAGUAAGAAAACUGAAUAAUCUGUAACUCGGAAUAUUUAAAUACACUCUAAAUUAUUUUCUGCACUAUAUAUUUAGAACACACAUUUUAUAUUUUUUGGUUAUGGCAACCAAAACAACCCAUUUAUCCAGUGAGGGUGUUUUUUACGACGUUUAUUUUGAAAAUAUAAAAAUAGGAACCAUAUUUUGAAGAAUAUUGACAUUGUAAUACUUAUUUCGUAAAAUAACUACGUCAUAUCUGUUCAGAAUUUACUGCAAAUGUGAGUUUCGUGAAAAAUAACAUAUUACAUUAUUGAAAUUGAUCAUAAGAAAUAUUUUUAGCUAUUCAAAAUAAUUAUUUACGUAAAUAAUACGCCUUUUAAAUACACAUAUUUAUAAAAUUCAAAAUUUAAAGUAAAACAUCACAAAAAAUACAAAUUAAUAUUCUAGUAUUGGAAUAAUCCACCGAAACAAAUUAAAAAGAAUAUAUUUAUUACUUUUUCGUUUAAAUUGUAAGAAACAAAGUUACUUUUGUAAUAGAUAUUAAGUUGUUUUUAAGUAUAGAAAUCUGACUUUAUAGUUUAGGAAUAAAACGUAUUAGAUUCUACCAAAUUCUACCGUAUUCUACCAAAAGAUUUCAAUUUUACCAUCAUUUAUAUAAAAAUACUGACUUUUAUAUAUACGUAUAGAUUUUGUCGAUACAUGCUUAUACAUAUGGCCACUAGAUUUUUUUUGAUAUCUUAUUUUCCAUUCAAUAAAGUAGUGAGCUCCUAAACUAUAAAAGUCAAUUUAUAUGGAGUAAAAGUAAUCUCGCAAACUAUUUAAAUAAUUACAAUUAAGGUGUAAACGUGUGUGCUUCAAUUGAUAUUAUUAUUUUGUAUAUUUGUUUGUUUAUAUUUUGGCGGGAAAGUUCCAUUUGAUGUCACAAACUUAUUACUUUAAAAUAAAGGAUGUAUCUUACUAAGUAUCUUUGUUUUAUGUAUAUCGACCAAUGUUUAAUCAUAAUUACCAACUUUAAUAUACUAUGUAUAAGAAAGAAAUAUAAACAUUUUUAAUUUAAAAAGAACUUUUCGCCAAUAUAUAAAAACCAGCGCUUGUGUAUACUGCCUUUUGCAGCUAUUUUUACGUACAAAAUAUAUUAUUAGUGUAAGUUUAAUAUAAUAGAUGUUUUUAUCAGUGUAUCUGUCCAUUAUAUUCUGUGUUAUCCAUAAAUAUAUCGUAUUCACUGCCAGAAAAAUUGCACAAAACUAACUUUUAUAAGUGUUGAGAAACUUUUAAACACAAAUUCUUGAAACUGACAACGCCAUCUAGUAGCAACAAUUAGUACUUGUAGUUCUGAUGCGUGAUACUAGAUGGCGCUGUUUGGAAUUUUUGUAUCGUAGCUUUUCUAUGUACGUAUAAUUUACGAUUUUUUUCAGUAUUUACUAAACAUUUUGAUGAAAAAGAACUGUGUUUAAAUAUCAUCUCGCCGAUGAUUUUUUUUAAAGACAGGGCCUUGUUAUGUACCAAUUUACUAUAAUAGUUGGUCCUGGUUUCAUAAUUUCUUCCCUACUAUUCGUAAUAAGUUGCUGUGUUGGUGGAUUCCUUGGUGUUGUGUGAAUUUAAUGGCACUAAAGAUUUUUAAUUUAGAAUUCAUCAUACAUGUACACUAUUUCUUCCAAUCUCCCAAUAAAAAUGUUUUAUAAAAGGUUACAUAAAACAUGAAUUUUGGGGUCUUGUUUCAACCAUUAAAACCAUGGUGUAAUAAUAUGGCAUGCUACAGUUAUUUAGGGUACAAAAAGAAUUUAUUUUACCUAGUUUUGUAAUAGACAAGUCAGAUGUGCAGAGAAAAAGUGAGGUGGAAAUGCUAAUAUAAUAUUAAACCUUUUAAGUUAAUAUAAAAUCGUGCUCUCUGGAGUCAGAAGUAAAUAAAAUUACAAGUUUGAGCAAGCAGUUUAGAAAAACGAAACUUAAAAAAAACGGCUCCCAAAUCGGUUUACCCAUUUGAGAGCUGCAAUGCCAUAGAGAGACAAAUAGCAUUUUUUGCGCCGUUUCCGAAAAAAAUCUAUCGAUCAAGUUUUAACUAUGUAAUUUCUAUUAAAACAUGGACUAUUCUUUAUUAUUAUUUUGUAUGUCUCUACCAGACCACGGGACUAUAGAGUCCCGGAUUUUUGGGAGGCGAACGUGGGGCCGAAGCCAACACGCUAAAGCCCUUUUGAGACAACUUUAAUGAAAUGGUGACACAAAACCGACGAUUAUCCCUGUAUAUGCUAACUAUAAUUAUUUAUCAUUUCCACCUUACAAAGCUUAUAUAAUUUACGAUCCGUCCAGAUAUUAAUUUUUAAUUUAAACAAAUAUAUUUUAUUUUUGUAACUAAGUUUAAGUUUUACAGUGCUAUAAAUAGGUGCUUAGUUUAAACGAUUCUCUAUGACGCUAGAUUUAGUUUUAAUUUUGAUAUGUUUUUGACACUUUUUAUGCGUAAAAUGAACAAAAUAAAAAAAUCUUAUAGCUUGUAUUUUUACAACUAGACCUUAUUAAAAAAAUACCCAGUUCUCAACUCGUAGGUAUUUCUUUUUAACUGACUUUUUUCAUGGUAAUUAGGUAUCAAAUCGUGCCUUCAAGUUUUUUUUAAGAAAAUACGCAUUUCAAAGUGUCAGAAAUAUAAUACCUAUCUUUUGUAAAAUAUUUGAAAGGCUGCCUCGAGCAUCUACACAAAUGAAUGUCGAAAUAUCAAACAGUUUGUAUUUAUUAAAAGCUUUCUCGUGUACUUAUUACCUUUAUCUUGUAUUUUUAAAUAAAAAUGUGUCAUUUUAA